AAUUAUUCAGACAGUCUCAUUUGUCUGUUGCAUAAAAAGUUGCACACAACUACACAAGACAGUGUUCGACUCGGGUCAUAUACAACCCAGGAUCCAUUCAUCCACAGGGAGGAAGAGUUUCUAUGACAACAAUGGUUAUCAGUAUCCUCCAUGUGUUUCCUGUGGAGGUGUGGCAUUGCGUGCCAGUGGUCAUGCAGAUAUUGUUCUCUCAGUAUAGUGGCCAUAGAUCUAAGACCUUAAACGCUGUAGUGUGGUGUUUAUGUCCUGAGCUGCUGGAGGUUUGUACACCAUGCCGGGAUGGCACUGAGGAGUAUUUCGUCCAUGGCCUCUACAGAAGCGAUGGUAGGAGCAUGGUGGCACAGUUGGUUUCUGUGCUUGGGGCUGCCUCUGGUGGUCUCAAAUCCUUCACCUGUACCAUCACAGGGAACCAACAGCUUUACACGAGAAUUCCUGGGUCUGGAUAAAUGCAAUGCCUGUGUGGGCACUUCCAUAUGCAAGAAGCUUUACAAAGAGCAAAUAAGGUUUGAAAGGUGGCUGUCUCCUCAACUGCAUUUACUCUCAGAUAACAGGACAUCUUAUGAGGGAAAUUACACAGAUGAUUCGGAAACCUGGCGGCCCGUGGUGCUGUCACGCCUGGUUUCCCCCGACCUGCACCAGCUGGCUGACAAAAGCAUUUGCAUCUCAGCAGGCAAAAGGAAAUCCUGCAGCAUUGAGGCAGUUCUGAGAGCAACGCCACGUUUCCAGAAUUUGGCCAACUCCAAUAUCCUGUUACCCAGUAUAGUGCAGGGUCUGGUCACUCCAAUGCUGCGCUGUCCAUCUCAGAGGCUGCUGAAUCGAAUUGUGCACCGCUACUUUGAGGUAGCUGAUGUGGGCAGUGUCCAGAUGAAGCACUUCACCAAUAAGGACAAGCUCAGACUACUCUAUACACUGGCUGUCAAUCAACAGCCUCUUCUACUACAGAUGUUUCCAGGGACCGAGGGCUGGCCCUUCCCGCGCUAUCAUGGUUCCUGUGGCAGGCUGAUGGUGUGGGCGGGCUGCAGACCCCUGAAGAGCCUGUACCCAUCACCACUGGCACACAGAUCUGACGCUGCCUACCAGAUCCUCCACAUUACCCAGAGCUUGGCCUCCAAUAGCCUCCACUUCCACCUUUACUACACCAACGUUUCAGAGGACAUAUUUGGCAUAGCAGAGGAUGGAAGGCUCUUCAUCAUGGACGCCAGCACAAUCGGGAUCAUCGACCUGCAGGAGGGAUUCCACACUGAGGCAGACCCACAGGAGAAUCGCACAGACGUGUUCUCGUGUCUGAGCGGUUCCUGCAUAAGAACUCCUCCCUGUGACAGCGUUCGUCCCUCUCAGAGCUUUACCUUGCUCUGUAGAUACGUCCUGCCCAAACUGCUCACUUCUACAGAUGUGCAAUCGUCUGGACUGCCCAGUAUAGCCAUCGCAGAGCUGACUGUAUGUGCAGACCGAACACAGACUGAUCAGAGGAUACACAAAGCUGUUCAAAUCCUUAAGGACACACUACAUCCCUUCAGGCCAUGCAAUAUCGAUUAUGGAUACAGGUAUCCUGAAUGCAAGUACAGUGACAAGUUCUAGAGCAUCAGUU